AUGCCGCUCUUGAACGGACAAUUUGAUUUUUUCAAUGGGAUCUACUGGUCAUUUUUGUGUUUUACCGCUAUCGAGUAUGGCGAACUCAUCCCAAUCAAACGUUGGAUCCGGAUAUGUUCGUCGGCUUCAUUUUAUCGGAAGGAAACUACGACAUUUGGCACAUAUCAAUAUAUGGUAAAAGAAGGCAAGCUUAAUCGUGCUCCGCAAACACUGGUGCUCAUGGAGGGAAUCUGGCCACCGGAAUUAGUACCACUGUUCCUGAAAGAUGGCGCUUUCCCGCAGUAUGCUGAUGACGAUAAGCCAAGCAGCAUUCGGAGUAGCAGUAACUCACUUGUACCACCUUCGUAUGCUCCGUCCCUCAGUGAGGCAAAAAAUGAAGAUGAUCAAAGAGCCGGCGAAACGGAAGAAGCCCAGGAUACCGAGCUUACUUUGAGUAUGUGA